AUGCCUCCAGUUUCCGACGAAACAUCAUCACAAGAAACCAAAGCCACAGCUGAACCAGACUGGACAGCAACAACCGCCGAGCGAGCCUACUACCACCAAGACAAAACAUUCAUAAAGCGCUCCUUACGCAAUAGCGAAUACAUGCGCACGCAGAAAGGCACAAUCCACAUCCCACGACUGGGCAAAGAACGACUCCAAAACGAGGCCGCUUGUCUGCGAUUUAUACAUAAAAACACCGAUAUCCCCGUACCGAAGCUGUACGGCUCGUUUGAGGUCGACGGAUCCUAUUUUCUGAUCACGGAGUAUGUCGAGGGGGUGAGUAUGUCUGAUCUCGAUGAGACAGAGAAGGGGGUUGUGAAGGCAGAAAUAUUCAGACAUUUGGAGACUAUGAGAGGGGUUCGAUCUGGCAGGAUUGGAGGCCCUGGAGGGUUGAAAUUGGUUAUCCCGCCGUGGCGGGCAUUGCAUGCUUCCGAGAAGGACAGGGAGAGGAGUAUGGUUUCUGUCAUAACGAUUUGUUCGCAACAUAAUGUGAUUGUUGAUCCUGGGACGUUGAAGAUAGCUGCUAUUAUUGACUGGGAAUACGGAGGAUUCUGGCCUGAGUAA